CUCUCAAUCAAUUGGAAAGCUACGGAAAUUAGCUCUUUCAGUUUGAGCUUAGUCCAUGGCGCUCAAAUCCGGUGUGUUCGCUUGCCUCAUCCUUGCAUCGAGCUUGAGCUGCACCGACAGCGUGACUACGACUUCAGAGCCAGACCAAAACAUGCUGAACGUCCAGAUUGAGAAGCUGCAAGCAUGGAAUUUCAGCAAGUAUAUGCCAAGUGUGCAGUGCGACAAAGACCUGCGGUCAUGGAAGGGCUCCCACUCUCAGAGGAGGAGUAUGUGGUGCUUGCAGAGCGGGCUCUGAAGAUUUGGUACGCUGCGAUUUUGGCGCAGCCCAUGAAGAAUUAUACUCCCACUGCAGAGCUGGACCUUGUGUGGCAUUGCCAUAUUUUGGACAUGCACAACUACGCCGGCUUCCUGCAACAGCUGGGGAUAAAAAUUGGGCAUGUGCCAUUUUCGGUGAGGAAACAAACGAUCUGGCACAGUAUCAGCCUGAGAGCAUCUUGAAUGCGGUGUCAAAUUUUUCGGAUACCAAGCUUUUGAAUACCUUCUUCUCGACAAGCGAGACCGAACGCGGCCACAAUUGCGGUUCUGCUGGGGACUGCAAGAUUGGAGGUUGAGCAUGCAUGAUGACUUGCAAAAUAGUUCUUUGCUUCGCCAACAACAGGGCGACUUACAAAGCAGUGCUUGCUUCGCCAACAGGGCGACUUACAAAGCACGUGCUUGCUUCGCCAGCAGGGCGACUUUUGCAAAACA